ACGUUGAUACAAUGAUCAUUGCACUUCGUCGCUUUUCUAGGUACAAAGCCCACUCGAGAGAGAUCUCUCAUUAUAUUUUACGUUUAUUGAUCAAUUAGAUACCACUCUGAUAAACGAUUUCUUUUGCAGAUAUGGACCUUCAAGCAUAUUUAGUUAACAAGUUUGCAUCCUGGCGCCCCCCACCACCGAUAGUGGAAGGCAGAACCAAGCGUGACGUCACUUUGAGCUGGACUACCGAGCCUUUUGAUUUUCUAGAUGGGGACCUCUUGUUUUGGGUCCAGAAGAAAGAGAAGUUGCCGCCUUGGGUAGUCGUUUAUAGCGGUGGUAAAACAACAAAAACAAUUGACAAUCUAGCACCGAGACAUCCACACAAAUUUCGGAUGAAAGUUAUUUUAAAAGCAACUGCAGUGCCAACGAUAGCGGACAGAGCCCUUAAACAUUUUGGCAAUGAAAAAGCUAUUAAUGAACACAUUGAAGGUUACAAAGAUUCAAAUACAGAAACGACAAACAACUACACUGCUAAUAAUGAAAAUUCUGAAGCAUCUAAUGAACCGACAGUAAAUGUGAAAGGUGUUGAUGACAUUUAUUGUAAAUCUAUCGAGACCUCGAGUAAGAAGUGGCUAGAGUCACAAUGGUCUGAAGAAACAAGUACGAGUACUGAUACCGACGGUACUUCUGUUAUUUGCUUCUGCAUGGCUGUCCGCUGUGGCUAUCUUAAACAAGUACAUGUUAUGCUAGAAGAAAGACCAGAUCUUAUCGAGAUUGUCAAUUCUAGUAACGGCUUCACUCCUCUUGCUACUGCUGUGAGAAAAGGCGACAUAAACACUGUAAAGUUACUACUAACAUCUGGAGCUAACGUGAACCAGCCCUCAUAUAACGGACAGACGCCAUUACACCUGGCUACCCUCGGAGCUCAAGUGGCUCUGGUGGACUUACUGCUGGACAAUGGAGCAGACUUCCAGGCGCGUGAUCUCAACGGUCUCCGCGUAGAACACUACGCGGUAGACGCAGGGAGUCUGGAGAUGCUUACCCACAUUCUGCAGCGAGGAGGGGACUUGACUGUCAAGGACAAUAAUGGAUGGACCCCUCUCUUCAGGGCUGUGACGCAAGGAGCCUCGACGGAGCUGAUCGAACUCCUGGUUUUAUCUGGGAGCGAUGUAACAACCGCCGACUAUGCUGGACUGGGCUUACCUUCCGCCGCCCGGCUCUUACAUAAUCGACACGGCCGCGACCGAGAGUCGAUCCUGCGUCUAAUCGACUCUCAAUAUCCUCACGAGCAAGCCGUUGCCAACUUUACUCGCCUCACCAAGAAGAUAUCAAGCUUGCACACCAUACUGAAAUGACGUCCGUUUUGUACCAAGCCGCGGAGUAAUACACCUAUUAUUACUAGUCCUACUGAAGAACCGAGUGUUCAGACAAGGGCAUCAUCAGGUGAAGACCGUCCACUUUGUACCAACUCUAGAAGUGGCGCGCCGCUAGAAGAUCGUCCGUUUUGUACCAACUCUAGAAGUGGCACGCCGCUAGGAAAAUACCGUCCGUUUUGUACCAACUCUAGAAGUGGCACGCCGCUAGGAAAAGACCGUCCGUUUUGUACCAACUCUAGAAGUGGCACGCCUCUAGGAGAAGACCGUCCGUUUUUUACCAACUAGAAGUGGCACGCCGCUAGGAAAAGACCGUCUGUUUUUUGCCAACUCUAGAAGUGGCACGCCUCUAGGAGAAGACCGUCCGUUUUGUACCAACUCUAGAACUGGCACGCCUCUAGGAGAAGACCGUCCGUUUUGUAUCAACUCUAGAACUGGCACGCCUCUAGGAGAAGACCGUCCGUUUCGUACCAACUCUAGAAGUGGCACGCAUCUAGUUGCAACUCUGACAGAAGAACUGAUUCAACAGGCUGGGACUUCGGCAUCGGAAAAGCAAUUGGAAACUUAGAUUGUGUAUAUUCUCAUGAAUUGUGAAUUACUUCAUUGAGCUGAAAUCGAUAUAAUUAAUGUAAUGCAAAAAUGACUAAAAUAUCAUCUUUUUUUUAAUGCAGAAGUUUUAGGUAUUUAACAGAUUUUUUUUUAAAGUUUACUUGACCGUUACAGUGUUAAAGAAAUAAUAGGCUAAAAUUAGUUUUGCUUGUCCAUAGUGACUAUGUAUGACGAGCUCUCUUGUAACAACAUAAUCUUUAUUCGUAUAACUAGGCCUGAUUUUGUAAUCGGGAAGCUUUAGACCUCGCAUUGGUGUAUAGUUUGGAUCUUAGAAGAUUAGUAUACAAUUUGUAAAAGUACUUGGAUUAAUUAACGUAGAAAUUAUAACAGAUUAGUGUAAACUGGCAAAACUUAUCGAAAAAUGUUUUUUUUCCAAAAUCUGAUUCAACAUACACUAAACUACCUGUGGCUUUGAUUGCCACAUUUUAUGUUGUUUUAGGAACUUCUAAUA